CAACACACCUUUUUGGCGAAGUGAUAUAAAAGAGUUGGAGGUAAUUUUUUAUUUAUUAAAAGCAAAGAACUGCUGGGGCACGAAGGAAUAUCAUCAGGUGUCACUGUAGCCCCGAUUUGUUUUCUUAUAAAGAACUGAAGGUGACUAUGGAAUGGACAGCUUAACCAAAAAAACCAACAUAGAAGGAAGAGUUGUUUCAGAGACCGUAACAACAACUACAAGGCUAACAUCAUUACCACCGAAAGGAAACAGUAGCAGCAGUGCCAGUGGGGGGCAGAGAGGAGCAUCAUACAGUGCUGGGUCUGGAAUGGAAAGGAAGACUGUCGUGACAGGCACCAGCGGUUAUUCAACUAGCAGUGGUUCCAGAGCCAACUUUAGUUCUAAAAGAACUCACUCAACCAGUUCAAAUGUAUCCAACAGCUCGCCAAGCUCAACCUUGGAAAGGAAACACUUCACAACACGCAAUGGAGGAUAUGAAGGAAGUUCAAGUGGAAAUUCUUCACCCGAGUGUCCCAGGAAAGAGUAUGGGACUUCCACCACCAGGGGGCGGAGUCAAACCAGAGAGAGUGAAAUAAGAGUGAGACUGCAAAGUGCCUCCCCUUCUGCAAGAUGGACAGAGCUUGACGACGUUAAGCGGCUACUGAAGGGGAGUCGUUCUUCCAGUGUCAGUCCUACUCGACAUGCUUCUAAUACCCUCCCAAUCCCCAAGAAAGCUUCAGUGGAAACAAAAGUAGUAAAAGAAACCACUCACUCAGUAUCAGGAGUAUAUGAUAACGCCGUUCUAGAUGCAGCACUUCCCUCAUACACGUGGUCAUCUACGCUACCAGCUGGCUCAUCAUUCAGUACUGGAAAUUAUCAUAAAAACUUGACCAUUGGCACAUCCUUGGUGAACCCCAAUGCACAUUCUACAUCAUCUGUGUUUGGAGUGCAGAAUAAUAUGGCCCCCAGUUCCCCAACACUCACCUCAGGCGUAACAUCCUCUUCCACAGCAGCAGUUUAUGGAGUUCAGAAUAACCUCGUACCAAGCCCAACCGUAAUAUCAAGCAAUGCAGUAACAACUUUAUCAGGAUACAGUGGACAGAAGAAUACUCCCCAGAGCCCAACAAUAGUCAGCACUGGAGUUUCGACCUCAGCAGGUGGAUUUGAACACACUUCCACAGGAAACGCCAACAGUGACGAUAUUUUAAGGAAAGAUUACAAAUUUCUGUUGCUUGAGAAGGAUAACGUUUCCUACAAGAAGGAACCAGAACUGCUAAUCAUGAGCAAGGAUACUGGAAAAGUCUUCACUACCAGUGGUGGUGGGAUUACUGGAUCAUAUUCACAAGAUUCACUGAAGAAAGAGAAGCAGCUAAGUGCCAGCCAAGUUGAAACGUACAUAAAGGCUGAUUCUGGUGGAGCUUAUGGAACUACGAAAGUGGCAACCAAAGACAAGGCAACUUAUGCAGAAAUUCGACGUGAUGCUGGGGGUGGUAUACCUUCAUGGUGUCCAUGCUCCUCAUGUUGCAGCUGGUGGAAGUGGCUACUCUGGUUACUUCUAGCAAGCCUUCUUCUUCUGGGCUUACUCUUUGGACUCAUAGCACUGGCGGAGCAGGUAAAAAAUUUAAAGUCUCGUGUGGAAGCCCUUGAAUCUAUGUCAGGCAGUACUAGCCAGCUUAAAGCUGGUGAACCGAAUGUCAAAAUAUCUCAAGCAGAUGUAAAUCAAGAAGCCAACAUUGGCAGUGGCCGGAAUACUAUGGGUGGAUACGUUACAGAAGCAAACGUAAAUCAAGUUGUACAUCAACUUCUCAGAAAAGAGCUACAGUCUGAUUCAUUCCAAGCAUUCCGUGGGGAGCCAGGACUGCCAGGACUACCAGGUUCAAAAGGAAGCCCAGGGCAAAAAGGAGAUCAAGGUCAUACAGGCACACCAGGUCUCCCAGGAAAUCAAGGACAUGCAGGGCCAGAAGGGCCUAAAGGACAGAAGGGCAGCACUGGGGAUCAUGGAGCAGAGGGGCUCAUGGGACCAAGAGGACGUGAUGGACUUCCUGGGCCUCGAGGUGAACCUGGGCCUCCUGGAGUUGGUGAAAAAGGAGAUAAAGGUACUGCAGGUGAACAGGGGCCCAUGGGCCCACCUGGCCAGCCAGGAUCAAUGGGUCUUAAAGGUGCAAUGGGUCCUCCAGGUGUGCAGGGUACUCCAGGUGUUCCUGGCCUACAAGGAUUCAGAGGAGAUACUGGAGCACCAGGUCCCAAAGGUGACAGAGGACUCUCUGGCCCCCCAGGACCAAAGGGUGAUCAAGGAGAAAAAGGAGUCAGAGGCCUUUUAGGUGAACAAGGAGCAAGAGGCCCACCAGGACUUCCAGGUGACCAAGGACUCAAAGGAUCAGCAGGUGUGCCAGGACCAGAAGGAAGGCAGGGUCUAAGAGGUGAACAAGGAACUGUGGGACUUCCUGGACCUCGAGGUCCUUCUGGACCCCAAGGAGAUCCUGGCCUCCCAGGUCCUCCAGGAUUGCCAGGAUCCCCAGGACAACAAGGAAACCCAGGCAGACCAGGUCCUAAAGGUGAAACAGGAGCUCCAGGACAGAUCAUCACAACAGGUAUUUCAGACAGUUCAAAAACAGUAGCUCUACCAGGACCACCAGGACCCGCAGGACCACAUGGACCACCAGGACCACCUGGCAUUCCUGGAGCCGCUGGAGCACCAGGACUUCCAGGACAACCAGGGGAGAAAGGAGCACGUGGUGAGCAAGGAGCAGCAGCUGAAGCUGCCUUUAUUAAAGAAAGUAUAAGAGAGACCGUCUCAAAGCAGCUUUCUAACUCUGAGACCUUAAGCAAGUUUGUUGAAUCUGGUGCUGCAUCUACACUACAAGGACUACCAGGACCACCAGGACCCCCAGGACAACCAGGGCUACCAGGUGUAGGCGUAGUUGGACCACCUGGUCCUCCAGGACCCCCAGGAUCCUUUGUGACAAACUCUGAUACAUUCUUUGCAGGGCCACCUGGGCCACCAGGACCACCAGGACCUAAAGGGUCUGAAGGUGAUCAGGGACCACGAGGCUUCCCAGGUCAACCAGGCCUUCCUGGAGUGUCAUCAAGAACAGAAUCUGGGCCACCAGGACCUCAAGGUCCAGAAGGACCCCCAGGACCCAAGGGAGACAGAGGUGAAGCUGGCAUUCCUGGAUCACCUGGCAUUCCUGGAGGCUCAUCUUCACGAGUUUCACAAAGUGGUGUCAGAGGGCCACCUGGUCCACCUGGUCCUCCUGGUCCACCUGGGCCCUCUGGAAAUGGAGCGUCUCUAAAUGAAGUACGACAAUACAUCUCAGAAUACAUUCAAAGUGACAGCAUCCGAAACUACAUGGUUGGACCAAGAGGCCCACCAGGACCUCCAGGACCACAAGGGCCAAAAGGUGAUGGUGGUGAUGGUGGACAGACCUUGGACUAUCCUCAUUUGGCCAGUACUGUUCUCAGUUACAUAAGAAGUUCCGGGUACAGCAUUGGACUUCCUGGACCACCAGGACCUCCAGGACCAGCAGGGUCUUAUGAAGACAUUCUAGCACUUUUACAAAGGGAAGAAGUCCGAAGAUAUCUUACUGGACCUCCAGGACCACCAGGGCCACCUGGAUCUUCAAGUGGACAGGCACUAGAUUACUCUGAACUGGCCAGCCGUGUUAUCAGCUAUAUGAGAAAUGCUGGUAUGACUGGUGUACCCGGCCCCCAAGGUCCACCAGGGCCACCAGGACCUCCAGGAGCAUCUUAUGGCGACUUAUCAGUUCUGCUUCAAAACUCAGAAUUUAGAGGAAUUGUUGGACCACCUGGACCUCCUGGACCACCUGGAAUACCAGGACGCGAAGGACCCCAAGGACCUCCAGGCCCUCGUGGACACUCAGGACUUGGUGGUAGUGCUCAGGCUGGUCUAAGCCUUCAGGAAAUUUCAGCAUACAUGCAAAGUGUAGGUUAUUCAUCAGGACCUCCAGGACCACCUGGUCCCCCAGGACCCCAAGGGCUACCUGGUCUUCCAGGAACACUGAUUUCAUAUGCUGAAAAUACCAACAGAGAUCAGUUCCGAGCAGAUUUGACAGAAUAUCUAACAAGUGACAGUGUUAGAAGAUUCAUCUCUGGACCUCCAGGUCCUCCUGGACCACCUGGCCAAAAAGGUGACAGUGGAUUUGUGAUUGGAUCUUCUCAUGAUUAUAACAGCCUGGUACAUAGUGUCUCGGAACAGCUACAAAGUUCAGUGACAAGCAGUGUCUCACAGCAACUUCAAAGUUCCCUAAUGAGCAGUAUGUCAGAUCAACUGACACAUUCGGUAUUAAGCAGUGUUUCAGGACAACUACAAAGUUCCCUUGUAGACAGUGUCACAGAGAAAUUACAAAAUCAAGGUGUACUUCGAGAAGUGGAAUACAAAAUCUACGGCUCACCAGGCCUUCCUGGACCACCAGGAAUCCCAGGUGUUAGUAAAGUCUUCGCUGCUUAUGGCAAUAUAACAGCAGACCUGAUGGACUUCUUCAGAGAAUAUGGAACAAUUCCUGGUCCCAGAGGACCCAAAGGUGACAAAGGAGAAAUAGGAUAUACUGGUCAGAAAGGAGACAAAGGAGAGAGAGGUCCUCCUGGCUUCCAAGGAGUGGCAGGUGAAAAAGGACAGAAGGGUGAAAGAGGUGAGCAAGUCUAUGUUGGAAGAAAGAAGCGGGCUACAGGUGUCUAGCACUUUAAAGGAUUAUUCAUAAGGCCAUCUUUGAAGCAAAACCUUGCAUAGCCUCGGCAUUUUCAAUGAAGUAGAGAACCAUUUUGUGCUGGGCUGCAUUCUUUUUCUGGGGGAAUUCCUAGAUCUUGCUUUCCUACAAGUGUGCAGUCCUUUUAACACUUGCUGGCUCUGAUAUAAAGAAAGAAAAAUCAUUCUUUGUGAAUUAACACCACCUUCACAAGGUACAUCUGUUCAAGUGCUUAGUGAGCCCAGAGUACAGCAUGUGACUAUCCAAUAUUUGACUGAAAAACGACUAUAGUAUUUCCAGGAGCUAAUUGCUGUCCAGUUCAAUGGUAAAUAAAAGUUUCAAAAACUCUUAACUUUAGCUAAGUCUUGAACAUUUUCAUCAUGUGAUCAGUUAAUAUUCAGAGGACUUUUUGUUCUUGUGAAACUCCUGACAGCCAACCAGCUGCCUGGACUUCAGGAGGUAACAACGUUCUAAGUUAAAAAUGAGUAUGCACACAUUAUAUACAAUAUUAACAUUUAGGGAUUACCAACUGCUCUUGUUUCAGUGAUGAUGACGGAUUUGCUUUUCUGUAAAAUACUUCUACAUCUGACUUAAUCGCUCACAUAAUUACUGUGUUUUGAAAGGCAGGUAAGCUACAGCUCCAGCCGCCUAUGCUGGGCCAUGGAUUAACUAUUUGGACACACUACAUUAUUUUACUGUCCUGGUUUACUAGGACAAUAAAACACAACUAUGAUUUGUGCUGAAUUUAAUUUGACACCAGAAUUUGCUGUAAAACAAUGUAAUUUUUGCCUUUUACUCUGAUAUACAUUUUGGCAUAUAAGUAGCUACUGUUGAAAUUGAUCAUGCUGGAAUUUUUUACGUUGGAACUAUCCACAAGUAAUGCCACUGCCAUUGGGCAAAACACCACUAGCUAGUUUACUUAAUCAUAAACCCACUUCCCUCCUUUAGAUUAACACUAACAGGAAAUAUCUACAAGGGGAGACCACCAGAGAUGUGGAUAAGCAGUCUCUUCAGUUAGCCAAUGCCAUCCUAUAUCAAACAACUAAUGGGCAGUAGAAUAUAAACAAUGUAUUCAAUGUUGGAAUACAGCUAAUAAAACUUAUCAAAUAAAAGUGACUCCUGUAAAAUGCAGUGAAUUCUGUCUGCAUUUUCUAAUACAGAGUAGACAGAUACAUAAUGCAUAAACAGUUUCCUUCUAUCUCAUUUAUAACUAAAUUUGGUUUGAUAAUGUAGGGAAUGUCACAAAUUACGUGUAAAAGACUUGUUUUUGAAAUGAAUGUACACAUGGUUCCUUUUCUUCGAAUAGUAAUGUGUUUAAAAGUUAAGUGUACAGUGGUGUGCAGUAGGAAACUUACAAAGAAAGUUACAUGGUUUUAGAUCUGAAUUUUAAGAAACACAGAAGUGACUGUGACAUGCAUAAAUGUGAUAUCAUGAAUGUGUAUGUUAUGUUUCAUAUUCCCAUUAUACCUGUAUCUUCCCUCUGAGUAGUAAUAUAAGGUAGUAGCAGAGCACAGAAAGUAAUGUCACCGUUAACCUCUCAUUUAUUCUAGACUAUCACUUCCCUCUUUAAAGAUCUAGUUAAUGCACAGAUAUCCCUUGAGAUAUUUGAAGCCUCCAGCUUAGAAAUUGUACUGCCUUUAUUUCCAUCUUAAAGAUCAGCUAAGCAACAUUAUUAAGUUUUAAAUGCCAUAAGAAAUAAUGGCUAUCAGUGGUGAGAUGAUGUGUUAUGUCAUCUGUUGUCAAAUGCCUAAUACAUUUCAAACAAAAAAUAAACUGUGUUAUCUAGCCGGUCCCUGUUUAUGUUUUCUCCUGUAAUCUGUUUUUCCUUUCCUUGUUAUCUAAGUUUUAUCCUCAUGUUUUCUUGCAUACAUUGUUCUGUUAACAUUUUUCCUGUUUUUGUCAUGUUUCUUAGCAUUUGAAAUUUUCAGCAAAGGCAUUUAAAAAACAAAGAUGUACAGUUGUAAAGUCAAAAGGAAAUGGUGCUCAUGCAAUUUCUCCAUGGGUAGAUGAAAGGCAAUGGAAAUAAUCUAAUAGGUAUAUAUCCCGAACAUCUGAAAUGGGUAAACUGGUUUACUGUGAUUACCUAAGAGAUUGUAAAUAUCACAAGUCUAUCUUAGUGGACAUGAAAGUUCACAAGUGGAGGAGAGCACAUUUUACACUUGCUACGUGGCGUCCCAGGCAACUCCCUACUAGUAUAACUUCACAUUACCUUUUCUGGCUGAUGACGCCCCCUCAUAUGUACCCUACUCUAUGGUUUAUGAAUUACUGGUCUUAAAGUACUUUCAGACAUUGGAGUGUCUUGGUGUCUUUCUGUAUUCUAGUCUCAAUGUCAGUAAAGCACAAGGGGGGACCUUACUCAAAGUUUAACUACUCUUUUUUCCUCUCUAUGCAUAGUAAAUUUGACCACUAGUACGACCCGAUAGCAGUAAUAAUUAGUACUUUUAAGAAAUGUCAUACACUAUACAAUACUACAUUCAUGUAUAUUAUCAAACUAUAUGUAUGUGCACAAACUCUGCUCUGUCUAAUAUUCUACAACAAGGUUUGAUUAACUUUCUGUCAAUAAGAUAAACACAAAGGAACUUUAAUAUGAAAAUUGUAUAACAUUCAUAAAUAAUUCUUUUGAUAAGUGCCUUACUUUACACUCACUUCAGUUUCAGAUCAUCUCUUCAAGUACACUAUAAUGACAAAAACAACAAAAACAUUAAACGUUUGCAAACUGAAUGAAUUUAGUUGCCCUAGCACAAAUGCCAUGCUUGUUUAUAAGCAACUGCGAUAAUAUGGACAUAAGUUAAAUAAUUCUUGACAUUUUUUAAUUUCAAAAACUUACCAUUUAGACUAAAAACAAAGCAGUCAUCUUUAAAACCUACAUCAUGGAUGUUAUAUUUGCAAUGCUGAUCUAAAUCAAUGGGCAAGUGAACUUUUAAUUUUUAUUUGACAAGAAAGUUCAAACUAUUUUUUUGUUCACGGGGGUCAUAUUACUGAAAACGAUGUCUCAUUAAAUUUGUAAUAAAGUGAGUGAACAAUUGUUUAA